ACCAUGGUGGACACGCAGCACUUCUGUCUGCGAUGGAACAACUACCAGAGCAGUAUCACGUCGGCCUUCGAAAACCUGCGCGAUGAUGAGGACUUCGUGGACGUGACACUUGCCUGUGAUGGACGCAGUCUUAAAGCGCACCGUGUCGUGCUAUCUGCGUGCAGUACAUAUUUCCGCGAGUUAUUGAAGAGCACACCAUGCAAACAUCCCGUGAUAGUGCUUCAGGAUGUGGCAUUCACCGAUCUGCACGCGCUGGUCGAGUUCAUCUACCACGGUGAGGUGAACGUGCAUCAGCGAUCAUUGAGCUCUUUCCUGAAAACGGCGGAAAUUUUAAGAGUGUCCGGUUUGACACAGCAACAAGCUGAAGAAACACAUGGCAUGCAUACAUCGCUUGGUACCAACUUGCCAUCGGGUGUCGUACAUCAUCCGAUCUACCCGGAGAAGAUGCUGGACGACUCGUUGUACGUGUCACAAGGUGUAUCUCCUCCGCCACAUCUUGCCAACCUGCACAACAGUUCCUCUCCAAACAGUGGCAGCGGUGGUGGCGGUGGUGGCGGAGGUUGUGGAGGCGGCAACAGUAACGGUGCACCAAUGGUGAAUCAGCUCCUAAAGCGAGCGGCUGCAGCUGCCGCCCUACGACGGGAACGGAACAACUCGGCCCAUUCAGACGAGAUGGCCCUCAAGCGGCACCGGAUGUCAGUGGACAGCAAUGGUCCGACGAAUAUGCGCGAUCUGGAUGUCAUCUGCAGUACGCCCCAAACGACAGCUACCGAUUUUUCCUCGAGCGCCUCCAAGCAGCACAUCAAUUUGCCAUCACCCCAGGGAAAAGAUCAAAUGCGACAACAGGACAGCUUAUCCGGUCAUGCAAACAGUGGCAAUAAUAGUAGUUUCUCCAUCAACAGCUCGAGUAACUUAAUAAAAAGUAGUAUUAAUAACAAUAACAAUAACAUCAACAACAACAACAACUUGAACAACAACCUAUUGCACAGCAAGGAAAACAGUAGCGGCGGCGGUGGCCCAGUCGGUGGUGGUCUUUGCGGUUCCGGUCACAUGCCAACGUCACUCGGCACCUCGAACGGUAGUAAUACUGGCAGCCUCUGCUCGGCGGAAAAGGAAAGUCUAGCAUCCUCCCCAUCGGAACGUUCCGCUGAGGACGUGAAGUCAGAACCACUCGAGUUGCUGUGCGGUACGGGCGGUGAUCAGGAAAACAGCUCCGACUCGGUGACGGACGAUCACGGCGACCUCGUCAAAGGUGGAUUGGAUGUGAAAGGUUCCCUGCGAUCACCAAAUGAUCAUGAGCUUGAUACCAACAUUCAUCACCAUAGUGGGGCCCAGUUUCUUAUGAAUGCUAAUGAAAACAAGCUAUUUCCAACGCCACCUUCGUUUAACUUUUCCAUGGCAGCACUAGCAGCAGACCCUUCGGCGCUGGCAGGAUUUAGCACACAAGCACUGCAAGCGGUGGAGUUGGCCGGUUCGCCACAGGGCAUGAGCAUGGCGGCAAGCAUGGCGUCCCAGCGCUCCGCUUCCCCACCAGACGGUGGGCACGGUGGUCACGGGGGUCACGGUAUCAAUCGGCUCUCGUUGCCGCUGCCGCUGGCGGCCUGCCACAGAUGCGACGUGUGCGGCAAGCUGCUGAGCACGAAGCUGACGCUCAAACGGCACAAGGAACAGCAGCAUCUGCAGCCGCUAAACAAUGCGGUCUGCAACCUGUGCCACAAGGUGUUCCGAACGUUAAACAGCUUGAACAAUCACAAGAGCAUUUAUCAUCGCCGGCAGAAGAUCCUGCACCACCAUCAUCAUGCACACCUGCAUGGUCAGCACCCGUUCGCGGCGGUUGCUGCCGCGGUUGGGGCCGGGGGCGGUGCGGUCAGCCCCCUGCACCACGGUACAGCGGCGGCGGCCGCCGUUGCAGCCGCAACCGGUGCCGCCCACCACGAGCUGCUAAACAACAAUGCUGGCAGUACCGACUGUGAUAUCAAGCAUAGUGUCACGACCAAGCUCGAAUACAUGUAA